GACGGGCGUUUUUUUUUUUUCUCCGCCGAUUUUUUAGUUGGGUGGCUGAAACCGGGAGUCAGCGCCUCUGAGGAAAUCUCUGCGGCAGAGAUUUGGCUUCAGGUCAAGUUCCCAGGCCGUGAGGGCGGGAAGCUCUUCUGGACAUUCUUAUUGGCUAUAGCCCUCCGAUGUGCUCUAAUCUGGCUGCUCUGAUUGGCCGACGUCAUGCCGCCAGCGCGAAGAAGCCCAGUUUCCUGAGAUUUUGUUUCCUGCGGGCGGAGAUGUAGGGUGGGUUGCGGCGUGCUGUGCGCUGGAACGUGGGCGCUAGGAGUGCGGGCGCUAGCAGCGCCUGAGCGCUUGGAUUUAGUCCCGGGGGCACCAUGGCCAGCGUCCACGAAAGCCUCUACUUCAACCCCAUGAUGACCAAUGGGGUGGUGCACGCCAACGUGUUCGGCAUCAAGGACUGGGUGACGCCUUAUAAGAUCGCGGUGCUGGUGCUGCUGAACGAGAUGGGUCGUACUGGCGAGGCUGCCGUCAGCCUGAUGGAGCGGCGGAGGCUCAACCAGCUGCUCCUGCCACUCCUGCAGGGCCCAGAUAUUACCCUGUCUAAACUGUACAAGUUAAUUGAAGAAUCUUGUCCUCAACUGGCAAAUUCAGUACAGAUCAGGAUCAAACUGAUGGCUGAAGGCGAAUUGAAGGAUAUGGAACAAUUUUUUGAUGACCUUUCAGAUUCUUUUUCUGGAACUGAACCAGAGGUUCACAAAACAAGUGUAGUAGGUUUAUUUCUGCGUCACAUGAUCUUGGCCUACAGUAAGCUUUCUUUCAGUCAAGUGUUUAAACUGUACACUGCCCUUCAACAGUACUUCCAGAAUGGUGAGAAAAAGACAGUGGAGGAUGCUGAUAUGGAACUGACCAGCACAGAGGAGAGCGAGAGAAAAAUGGAGAAGGAAGAACUUGAUGUAUCUAUAAGAGAAGAGGAGGUAUCUUGUAGUGGACCACUGUCCCAAAAACAAGCAGAAUUUUUUCUUUCUCAACAGGCUUCUUUGUUAAAGAAUGAUGAGACGAAAGCCCUCACUCCAGCUUCUUUGCAGAAAGAAUUGAACAACUUGUUGAAAUUUAAUCCUGAUUUUGCUGAAGCGCAUUAUCUCAGCUACUUAAACAACCUCCGGGUCCAAGAUGUUUUCAGCUCAACACACAGCCUCCUGCAUUAUUUUGACCGCCUGAUUCUUACUGGAGCCGAAAGCAAAAGUAACGGGGAAGAGGGCUAUGGUCGGAGCUUGAGAUAUGCUGCUCUGAACCUGGCCGCCUUGCACUGCCGCUUUGGACACUAUCAACAGGCAGAGCUCGCCCUGCAGGAGGCGAUUAGGAUCGCCCAGGAGUCCAACGAUCACGUGUGUCUCCAGCAUUGCUUGAGCUGGCUUUAUGUGCUGGGGCAGAAGAGAUCCGAUAGCUAUGUUCUGUUAGAGCAUUCCGUGAAGAAAGCAGUCCAUUUUGGGUUACCGUACCUCGCCUCCCUGGGAAUACAGUCCCUAGUUCAGCAGAGGGCUUUUGCUGGGAAGACAGCAAACAAACUGAUGGAUGCCCUAAAGGACUCCGACCUCCUGCACUGGAAACACAGCCUGUCAGAGCUCAUUGACAUCAGCAUCGCACAGAAAACUGCCAUCUGGAGGCUGUAUGGCCGCAGCACCAUGGCGCUGCAGCAGGCCCAGAUGUUGUUGAGCAUGAACAGCCUGGAGUCGGUGAACGCAGGCGUGCAGCAGAACAACACGGAGUCAUUCGCUGUUGCGCUCUGCCACCUCGCGGAGCUGCACGCGGAGCAGGGCUGUUUCGCGGCAGCUUCCGAAGUGCUGAAGCACCUGAGGGAGCGAUUCCCACCCAAUAGUCAGCAUGCCCAGUUAUGGAUGCUAUGUGAUCAAAAAAUACAGUUUGACAGAGCAAUGAAUGAUGGCAAAUAUCAUUUGGCUGAUUCGCUCGUUACAGGAAUCACAGCUCUCAACAGUAUAGAGGGUGUAUAUAGAAAAGCAAUUGUACUGCAAGCUCAGAACCAAAUGUCGGAGGCACACAAGCUUUUACAAAAACUGUUGAUUCAUUGUCAGAAAAUCAGGAACACAGAAAUGGUGAUCAGUGUCCUGCUGUCCGUGGCAGAGCUGUACCGGCGGUCUUCCUGCCCCACCAUCGCGCUGCCCGUUCUGCUGCAGGCUCUGGCCCUCUCCAAGGAGUACCGGCUGCAGUACUUGGCCUCCGAAACAGUGCUGAACUUGGCUUUUGCCCAGCUCAUCCUUGGAAUCCCAGAACAGGCCUUAAGUCUUCUCCACAUGGCCAUUGAGCCCAUCUUGGCUGACGGAGCUGUUCUGGACAAAGGCCGUGCCAUGUUCUUGGUGGCCAAGUGCCAGGUGGCUUCAGCUGCUUCCUAUGAGCCCCUGAAGAAAGCGGAAGCUCUGGAGGCUGCCAUUGAGAACCUGAACGAAGCCAAGAACUAUUUUGCAAAGGUCGAUUGCAAAGAGCAAAUCAGAGACGUAGUUUACUUCCAGGCCAGACUCUACCACACCCUGGGGAAGACGCAGGAGAGGAACCGAUGUGCAAUGCUCUUCCGGCAGCUGCACCAGGAACUGCCCUCUCACGGGGUGCCCUUGAUAAAUCAUCUCUAGAGAGAACGUCCCCGUGGGCCACUGUGCAGGAUGCUCAGGCAAGACCCCUUGGGGUAUCAGUAGAUCUCUGUAGGGGUCAGCGCAAGUUUUUCUGAGGCUGGAAUUUCCUUCCGAAGCAUCACUGCUUUGUGGGACCGCAUGGCGCUCGUCAUGGACCCGUGCGUGAUCGUGAGUACAUGUUGGUUCCUGACUGGAGUUCAGAAGAAAAAAGGCUUGUUUAUGGUUUUUGAAUCGAUGACAGAAAGCAUAUUUCAGUCACUUUUGGGGUGUUGGCUUUCUUAUAUUUUCUGCAUGGGUAUAUUUUUUCUAUAUUUAACUAUAUAAAUGAGGGAUGAUGAUACCUGAAAUCUAGAAAUUCAUCAUGAAUAAGGUGAUUAUAAAUUAAGAAAGUGUCUGAAGCUCAGAUGUAUUUGGAUGCCAUCACUCAAAUACACAGUGUAUGUAAUUUACAUAUUGCCAUGCUGCACGCUGCAGUUAAGUAGGAGCUGGUUAUUGCUUUGUUCAUGAACUUAACUUAUCCUUGAUUAUACACGGAAAAAUCCCAGUGUUUCAAGUCCAAACCAGUGACAAGACACCAACCAAAUUUUGCAGCUUCUAUCAUUAGCUCUUUCUCCGUUAAAUUCAAACCUCCUGAUGAAAAAUCAUUUAUCUCCAAAGCUCUUUGAAACAGUGUAAAACAACUCCCACGCAUUAGGGUGCAUUUGCUUAGCCAAAGAUAGCUGCUCUGGAAACGAGAUUCAUUGUAGAGAUAGAGACAUUAAUUGGUAUGUUGAUGUUUAAAAAUCGUUCCCAAAAUUUAUUUGAAAGGUUAUAUAUGUAGAGGGUAAAAAUGAAAUAUUCUUAAAGGCUGUAGAGUAAGCAAGUAAUUCUUCCUCCCAGGAAGUUACCAAUAUAUCAGUUUCUUUUUAUUCUUCCAAAUAUAGUCUUUUAUCUGAUGUCAUUUUCGGUCAAUGUAUUUAAACUAAGAUCCUUUUAAAUCUCAGAAGCAAUCUUAAUCACUCUGCCUCAGUGUAAGAAGGUCCAAGAGAUGGGGCAAGGUUGCUCAGCUGACCCCUCAGGUAUCAACAUUAAAACCCAGAAGUCAUCAAACCUGGCUACAAAAUUUGUGGGGCCCAGUACAAAGUGAAAAUACAAGGCCUAUAUGUUAAGCAGAGCCUUACACCAGGUAGGGGGCCCUUCUAAGCCCUGUGCAGAUAGAUGCACAGUUUGCAUGCUUUGGAAGCCAGCCUGCCAACCCUGCUCUCAGCUUACCCUGGAAGGACUGAAUCCAAAGAUAAUAUAAAAUCUGUGAAGGGCUGUCUGAGUGGCUCAUUUGGUUAAGAGCUUGCUCAAAAGUCCAAGCUCUGACCAACAGGGUUGCUGGUUCGAUUCCCGG